AUGCCAUCGCAACUUAGUAGACAGGUAUCGCUAGUUGAUGAAGUCUCAGCUAAUGCUUCUAAGAGCUCCUACAACUCGCAUCCUUCCAAUCUUUCAGUGGAGGUGGGGGAGCGAAUGACUGCUACAGAUUGUGAUGAUGAGGCAAUGGUGUCGAGGUUACUAGACAUUGGCAAGAAGAUUGACUCAUUUAAUUGUCGAGGACUGGGGAGCGAGGUAAAGCAAAAGAAGAUGUGUGAGAUUGUUCGCUCUGAAGGUCUGAAAUUCUUGGAGAUUCAGGAAACAAAACUUGAGACAUGUAAUAGUAACUUAUGUGCGCGUCUGUGGGGUUCUGUGGAUUUUGAUUGGUGUGCCUUGCCCUCCAUUGGCAGAAGUGGGGGUAUGGUUUCACUUUGGGAUACUUCCAAAGGUAAAAUACUUUUCUCCUUUUUUGGUACUGGAUUCCUGGGUGUUUGCUUGCAGGUAUUGACCAUUGGAAACCUAUGUGUUGUGGUGAAUGUCUAUGCAUUGUGUAGACUAAGUGAGAAAAGAAAGUUAUGGGAUGAUUUGCUUAUGACAAGAAAGGGUUUUGGCAAAUUUAUGUGGUGUAUAUUGGGUGACUUCAAUGCUGUGAGACAGGUGAAAGAGAGUAAGGGUUGUCAGACAAACCAUGGUGUCUCUGAAAUGGAUGGCUUAAAUUCUUUCAUUCAGGAAAUGGAACUUGUGGAUCUUCCACUUGUGGGUAAAAAAUUUACGUGGAUAAAAGGGGAUGCUUCUAUAAUGAGCAGACUCGAUCGAGUCCUUGUUUCUAGUUCCUGGCUUGAUUAUUGGGGAGAUGGUUUCAUUCAGGUUCUGAGCAGAGAUGUAUCUGAUCAUUGUCCCAUUAUUCUUAAGCACAAAGUGGUUAACUGGGGUCCAAAGCCGUUUCGAUUUAACAAUUGUUGGCUGACUCAUAAAGGAGUUGUGGAAGUGGUGGAGGAAGCAUGGAAAAGAGAGAUUACCCUUCCAUGGGCUGCCUAG